GAGUGAUUUCCUGAGCAUGCCUAGGGAAUGACAGGCAUCUCCACAGGCAGGCUGCAUUCACCUUGGCUGGGGUGUCGUCAUUGGCUGCCUAUUAGAAAAACGACAGGACAAUGCAUACCACCGCCUGCCGACUGUAAACAUAGGGGAUAUGUGUUCACUUAGCAUGGACUUCUGGGAGGGGCCAAGGAAGGGCGGUCUGGAGUUUUAUUGAAUAGAGCAGUGUGUAUUCGGCUGCCUGCCUGCCCGCCUGCUUGCUCUCUGGCUGUGCUCCUGCUUAAAGAAAUCAGUCCUUCCUUUCCGACUUAGUCCUCGGGAAGAAGUUUCAGACUACAAGGUAUCACUGGAACAUUUCAAGAUCAUCAAAUCAAAUUCCACAGGGAUUAGUGAUCAACCAGAAGGCUCAGACAUCUGAUUGCUGACCUGUCCAGACAUCAUCUGGUCUCCCUGAACCUGAAAUCACACCAUGGAUGAUUUUGAACGUCGCAGAGAACUUAGAAGGCAAAAGAGGGAGGAGAUGCGACUCGAAGCAGAAAGAAUCGCCUACCAGAGGAAUGACGAUGAUGAAGAGGAGGCAGCCCGGGAACGGCGCCGCCGAGCCCGACAGGAACGGCUGCGGCAGAAGCAGGAGGAAGAAUCCUUGGGACAGGUGACCGACCAGGUGGAGGUGAAUGCCCAGAACAGUGUGCCUGACGAGGAGGCCAAGACAACCACCACAAACACUCAAGUGGAAGGGGAUGAUGAGGCCGCGUUCCUGGAGCGCCUGGCUCGGCGAGAGGAAAGACGCCAAAAACGCCUUCAGGAGGCUCUGGAGCGGCAGAAGGAGUUCGACCCAACAAUAACAGAUGCAAGUCUGUCGCUCCCAAGCAGAAGAAUGCAAAAUGACACAGCAGAAAACGAAACUGCCGAGAAGGAAGAAAAAAGUGAAAGUCGCCAAGAAAGAUACGAGAUAGAGGAAACAGAAACAGUCACCAAGUCCUACCAGAAGAAUGACUGGAGGGAUGCUGAAGAAAAUAAGAAAGAAGACAAGGAAAAGGAGGAGGAGGAAGAAGAGAAGCCAAAGCGAGGGAGCAUUGGAGAAAAUCAGGUAGAGGUGAUGGUGGAAGAGAAAACAACUGAAAGCCAGGAGGAAACAGUGGUAAUGUCAUUAAAAAAUGGGCAGAUCAGUUCAGAAGAGCCUAAACAAGAGGAGGAGAGGGAACAAGGUUCAGAUGAGAUUCCCCAUCAUGAAAAGAUGGAAGAGGAAGACAAGGAAAGAGCUGAGGCAGAGAGGGUAAGGUUGGAAGCAGAAGAAAGAGAAAGAAUUAAAGCCGAGCAAGACAAAAAGAUAGCAGAUGAACGAGCAAGAAUUGAAGCAGAAGAAAAAGCAGCUGCCCAAGAAAGAGAAAGGAGAGAGGCAGAGGAGAGAGAAAGGAUGAGGGAGGAAGAGAAAAGGGCAGCAGAGGAGAGGCAGAGGGCCAGGGCAGAGGAGGAAGAGAAGGCUAAGGUAGAAGAGCAGAAACGUAACAAGCUGCUAGAAGAGAAAAAACGUGCCAUGCAAGAGACAAAGAUAAAAGGGGAAAAGGUAGAACAGAAAAUAGAAGGGAAAUGGGUGAAUGAAAAGAAAGCGCAAGAAGAUAAACUUCAGACAGCUUUCCUAAAGAAACAGAUCAAAGAUGAAAAGAUUAAAAAGGACAAAGAACCCAAAGAAGAAGUUAAGAGCUUCAUGGAUCGAAAGAAGGGAUUUACAGAAGUUAAGUCGCAGAAUGGAGAAUUCAUGACCCACAAACUUAAACAUACUGAGAAUACUUUCAGCCGCCCUGGAGGGAGGGCCAGCGUGGACACCAAGGAGGCUGAAGGCGCCCCCCAGGUGGAAGCCGGCAAAAGGCUGGAGGAGCUUCGUCGUCGUCGCGGGGAGACCGAGAGCGAAGAGUUCGAGAAGCUCAAACAAAAGCAGCAGGAGGCGGCUUUGGAGCUGGAGGAACUCAAGAAAAAGAGGGAGGAGAGAAGGAAGGUCCUGGAGGAGGAAGAGCAGAGGAGGAAGCAGGAGGAAGCCGAUCGAAAACUCAGAGAGGAGGAAGAGAAGAGGAGGCUAAAGGAAGAGAUUGAAAGGCGAAGAGCAGAAGCUGCUGAGAAACGCCAGAAGAUGCCAGAAGAUGGCUUGUCAGAUGACAAGAAACCAUUCAAGUGUUUCACUCCUAAAGGUUCAUCUCUCAAGAUAGAAGAGCGAGCAGAAUUUUUGAAUAAGUCUGUGCAGAAAAGCAGUGGUGUCAAAUCGACCCAUCAAGCAGCAGUAGUCUCCAAGAUUGACAGCAGACUGGAGCAGUAUACCAGUGCAAUUGAGGGAACAAAAAGCGCAAAACCUACAAAGCCGGCAGCCUCGGAUCUUCCUGUUCCUGCUGAAGGUGUACGCAACAUCAAGAGUAUGUGGGAGAAAGGGAAUGUGUUUUCAUCCCCCACUGCAGCAGGCACACCAAAUAAGGAAACUGCUGGCUUGAAGGUAGGGGUUUCUAGCCGCAUCAAUGAAUGGCUAACUAAAACCCCAGAUGGAAACAAGUCACCUGCUCCCAAACCUUCUGACUUGAGACCAGGAGACGUAUCCAGCAAGCGGAACCUCUGGGAAAAGCAAUCUGUGGAUAAGGUCACUUCGCCCACUAAGGUUUGAAACAGUUCCAGAAAGAACCCAAGCUCAAGACGCGGGACGAGCUCAGUUGUAGAGGGCUAAUUUGCUCUGUUUUGUAUUUAUGUUGAUUUACUAAAUUGGGUUCAUUUUCUUUUAUUUUUCAAUAUCCCAAUAAACCCAUGUAUAUUAUCACUAUAUUUAAUAAUCACAGUCUAGAGAUGUUCAUGGUAAAAGUACUGCCUUUGCACAGGAGCCUGUUUCUAAAGAAACCCAUGCUGUGAAAUAGAGACUUUUCUACUGAUCAUCGUAACUCUGUAUCUGAGCAGUGAUACCAACCACAUCUGAAGUCAACAGAAGAUCCAGGUUUAAAAUUGCCUGCAGAAUGUGUGCAGUAUCUAGAAAAAUGAACCGUAGUUUUUGUUUUUUUAAAUACAGAAGUCAUGUUGUUUCUGCACUUUAUAAUAAAGCAUGGAAGAAGUUAUCUUAGUAGGCAAUUGUAACACUUUUUGAAAGUAACCCAUUUCAGAUUUGAAAUACUGCAAUAAUGGUUGUCUUUAAAAAAAAAAAGAAAUGUACUGUUAAGGUAUUACUUUUUUUCAUGCUGAUGAUUCAUAUCUAAAUUACAUUAUUAUGUUAGCUGACAGUGGUACUGAUUUUUUAGGUUGGUUGUUUUGUGGAUUUCUUUAGUAGUGAUAGUAGCCUGAACCACAUUUUAGAUAACUCAAUUAUGUAUGUAUGUGCAUACACAUAUACAAACACACUAAUGGUAGAAUGCUUUUUUAUGUGCUAGACUAUUAUAUUUAGUAGUAUGUCAUUGUAACUAGCCAAUAUCACAGCUUUUGAAAAAUUAAAAAAUCACAUUAUAUUAAUAUUUCAUAUUUGCCAACAGAAACAUGGCAGAUAGGUAUCAAUAUGUUUUCAAUGCCUGAUGACCUAUAAGAAGAAAGUAUUGAAAAGAAGAGAGAUUAGAAGUGUCACAAGGAGUUGAAAUUUUCUUUUUUUUUUUUUUUUUUGAGACAGAGUCUCGCCGUGUCUCCCAGGUUGGAGUGCAGGGGCGCGAUCUCAGCUCACUGCAAGCUCUGCCUCCUGGGUUCACGCCAUUCUCCUGCCUCAGCCUCCCGAGUAGCUGGGACUACAGGCGCCCGCCAACAUGCCCAGCUAAUUUUUUGUAUUUUUAGUAGAAACGGGGUUUCACCGUGUUAGCCAAGAUGGUCUCGAUCUCCUGACCUCGUGAUCCGCCCGUCUCAGCCUCCCAAAGUGCUGGGAUUACAGGCAUGAGCCACCGCGCCCGGCCAGGAGUUGAAAUUUUCUAAAAGACAUAGUAUUUAGUUUAUAAUUAAAUUCAUUCUUGAAGUCCAGUGUGAAUUUUAUUAAUGCUAUCAUCUCGACCAAGCUCAAAGCCUACUUAUUAGAAACAAUGAAGUUCACAAUAGGUCAUAAGGUCUCUUCCUUUUUCUAAAAUUGAAAGACAAGAAAUUUAGUGCCAAUAUUGUACAGAUAGAAAUUCCAUGUAUGAGUCUCAACACAGACUACCUUUGGCUAAAUGUCUGGAAGCAGAGAAGUGAGCAAAAUCCAAUGUUGAAGAGUCAUGACAGUACUUUGAUCUUUAUAUACUCUGAAGCAUUUCUUUAAACUUUUCUACCUUUAUUUGUCAUUGGUACUUAUAGUAAGUUGACAAUGUGGUGAAAUUUCAAAAUUAUAUGUAACUUCUACUAGUUUUACUUUCUCCCCCAAGUCUUUUUUAACUCAUGAUUUUUACACACACAAUCCAGAUCUUAUUAUAUAGCCUCUAAGUCUUUAUUCUUCACAGUAGAUAAUGAAAGAGUCCUCCAGUGGCUUGGCAAAAUGUUCUGGUAUAGCUGAAUACAUACAGUGGAGUUAUAUAAACUCAUACGUCAGUGAACUUAACCAAAAUUGUGUUAGUCUCAAUUCCUACCACACUGAGGGAGCCUCCCAAAUAACUAUUUUCUUAUCUACAGUAUUCCUCCAGAAAAGCUAACCAGGGCAGGGCUGGCACGAGAAGUGACACCUGCGUUACAAAGUCUAUCUUCCUCAUAAGUCUGUAAAGAGCAAUUGAAUCUUCUAGCUUUAGCAAAACUAAGCCAAAGGAAGGAAAGCCACGAAGAAUGCAGAAGUCAAACCCUCAUGACAGAGUAGGCACAAGUCUACAAUAAGCUAAAUCAGAAUUUACAAAUACAAGAAGUGUCCCAGGUAGCAUUGACUCCCGUCAUUGGAGUGAAAUGGAUCAAAGUUUGAAUUAAGGCCUAUGGUGAGGUAACAUUGCUUUGUUGUACUUUUGAACAAGAGCUCCUCCUGAUCACUAUUACCUGUUUUUCUAGAAAAUCUAAAGUUCAGAAGAGAAUGUAUCACUGCUGACUUUUAUUCCAAUAUUUGGAUGGAGUAAGUUUUAGGGUAGAAUUUUGUUCAGUUUGGAUUUAAUCUUUUGAGAAGUAAAUUCCUUGUUUACUGGUUUGACUAUAAUUCUCUGUUAUCUUUACGAGGUAAAACUGCAAGCUGACUAGCAUGUUCUGUGAAUCUGCCAUUCCUAAAAAUUUUAUAAACACUUGAUAUUUUUCACUGAUAAUGGAUCGCUCCAAUAAACAUAUAUUGUGAAAAUGCAUCCACAAUAAAUGGAAUUCCUUCCUGCAAAA